AUGCAAGCCGCGCCCGUCGUCUCGGUGCCAACGCCGGCGCCGCCGCCGACCGAGGACCCUCAGAUCAGCGCCCGCGAGUUCGAGCUGCCCGAGCAGGACCAAGGCUGGAUGCCCAAGCCGGCGAUGCUGCACUCGGGCAAGUCGCGCGCAUGCGCCGUGUGCUUUGCGCCGCUGCAGUACUCGAGCAUGGGCAGCUGGGACGAGUACUUGAAGAGCGAGCUGUACCUCAAGGAUCUCCAGCGCAACUUGCUCCAGGAUACGUUUGUACGCGGCCUCAUUUGCGGCGACAACUACUUUGGCGACCUCCCGACCGAGCACCGCAUGAACCCAGCUCGGCGCGCCAAGUGCCGCCAGAGCGUCCUGGACCACGCGCACCGGACGAGCGCCGGCCGCCUCGACGACGACAAGUGCCUCGUGCGCACGCUCGAGGGCCUCCUUCUCGACGCGCUCCCAACGUCCUUCUUUACCUACGUGCUCGAGCGGCGGCUCGCCGUCAUGUUUCACAGCGCGACGAUCGUCGCCAACAUGAUGCAGUCCGACCGCGUCCAGCGACGCGAGCGGGCGCGCGCCGAGGCGUCGCCGCACGUCGAGCUCCACCACGUGGCCAUCCGCGCCCUCUCGACGCUCCUUGGGUCGUUCGACUAUCGCCAUGAGAACGCGCUCGGACCGUUCGUCGAGAUGGCGCGGCUUCUCGGGAACUUUCCGCCGCUCUCGCUCUUCUCGUACUGGAGCCCCGAAGAGAAGCCACCGGAAGAAGACGUGCCGUUGACCAAAGACCGCGUUGACGCGUCGUCGUCAUCGACGCUGCACCCGCCGUCACUGCUCUUGGAUCCGAGCGACGCGGCGUAUUGGCUCACGCCGCCGCGCCCGGGCACGGUGCUGCUCACGCUCUCGCUGGCGCAGCCCACGACGAUCUCGUCGGUCGUCGUGACGUGGCACGGCAGCAGCCAGCCCAGCACGUUUGCGCUGCAGUGCACGACGACCGAUGCGCCGACCCAUUUUGCGGUCGUCGCCGAGUGGACGCACAAGCCGGGAUCGCCGCUUCCGUCGACGCUGUGCUUUCCGCCUCUGCGGCAGUGCACGGCGAUCCGUCUCGUCUUCUCGGGCGUGCCGCCGACGAACAAGGAGGGCACGUAUGGGCUGUCGCACGUGCGCUUGCUGCGGCCAAAGGACGACGUCGCGUCCCCGCAAGCCAUCAUGCACGACCUCGAGCACUGGCUCUUGACCGCGUCUCGUGUCCAGCCGAGUACGUCGGACGUGGUCAUCGAGGCGUUCAGUGGCCUCCACGCGUGGGCGCUCGCGACCGGGUCGCUCACGGCCUGUGUCCGCUUCCUCGAGAUGCUCCUCUCGCUGCGUCGCACACCCCAUUUGGAAAGCUACCUUCUCUCGAAAGGCUGUGCGUUCUACGACCAGCUGGCCGCGCACCACGAGCGCGAAGUGCUCCGCGUCUCGCACGCGACGCCGUCGCACGAGUCCCGCAAAGUCCGCGCCGGGUUCGAGUCGACGCUCUGCUCGGCGGGCACGUCCGUCGAGGACGGCGGGCAGUCGGUGCGCACGCGUGAGACGAGCUACCAGCACGCGCUCGUCAACGCGCCGAUCGCAUCGGGCAAGGCCAGUUGGAAGUUUCGCCUCGACAACGACACGGCCGACGACGAGAUGACGUGCUUUGGCGCCGCGAUCCUCCCGGUCACAGUCAGUGGCUACGACUCGUCGCCGAGUCUUUGGAUGCUGCGCGGCUACAACGGCAACUUGUACGCCCGCGGCCACAAGCUGAGUCGGUCGAUCGGCAAGGUGCACCCGGGCGACACGGUCCAGAUCGACGUCGACAUGACCGCGGGGACGAUGGCGUACAGCAUCAACGGCACGGACUUUGGCAUCGUGUUUACGGACCUCUGCGGCCACGAGGUGUACCCGGCUGUGAGUUUCUAUGGCUCGGGCAAAGUCAUUUCGCUCCUGAGUCUGCACAAGUGGGGCGAGACGACGACGCGCAAGAGUGCGAGCGCCGGCGCCGACCCCGUGUACCUCUCGACGCUGAGCGAAUAUGAGUUUAGCGUCGGCCACGGGCGGUUUGGCCGCGGCAACGCGCUCGGGUAUCCAGGCGAAAGCGCAACCGAGGGCGGGCAAGCCCCGACCACCAUCAGCGUAUGCGGCGAGCACCGGCAACGGUCGCUCUCGCUGCACCCGCCGGCGCGUGGCGAAGCAUUUGCGACCUACGAUCUCCACGGCGGCUACGCGAGCAUCGAGGGCGCCGUCGGCAUCAACGACGACGUGAGCGCCGACGUCUUGGCGCAGCGCGGCAUCUCGGUGGUGUUUUCGAUCCUCGGAGACACCAACGUGCUCUGGAAGUCGCGGCCCGUGACGUCGCCGGCGUCCCUCGAGCCCUUCCACGUCGAUUUGCGCCACGUGCGCAUGCUCGAACUGCGCAUUAGCUGCAGCGGCUCCAACCACGGCGCCCACGCGAUCUGGGUCGACCCGUUCGUGAUGACGAUCGAUGACUGGGUGUGCCACCACUGCGAGUUUAGCAACAAGGGCGGACACGACCGGUGCGCCAUCUGCCGCGUCGGGGCGCGCGCCGACGCCGCGUCACCGUCGUCACGCACCGCGUUGCAGGCGCCAAUGACGGACGAAGAUGACGUGCUUACGCUCGUGACAGCGCGUGACGCGCUCAAAGCCGUGGGUACAAUUGGCGUCGAUGAGAUCGCCACCGCGAUCCUCAGCAAGCUGCAUGCGCUGAGCCACACGCUGUCGUCGACGCCGAGUUACCAAGUGCAAUUUGAAGAAGCGUACUGUCUCCAGCCGCACGCAAUGACGCUGGAGGUGCUCUUGUCGCAACUCAAUAUGACGUUGUCGGCGCUGCCAGCGCUGUGCGACCGUCCGUUGGCGCUGGCGAGCCACCGCGCGUGGCUCUACAUUGAGCUGAUUGGCUCUCAGCUCGCCAACAUGGAGACGUACGCGCUGCCGUCGGAUGCGAUAGCGCCAACGCUCUUGACGUCGAUCCGCACGACGCUCGAAAGCGUCGCCAGCGUCCACUUGAGCAACCCACUGUCGCCAGCGCUCAAGUCCAAGGCGUGGCCGGCCCAGCCGCGGCACCAGAAGCUUCAAGUGACCGCCGCGCAGACGCUCAUGGCCGGCAUCUCGCUCUUGUACCCGUCGCCGUGGGACCGAACGAGUCUGCUCUUGACGCUGCUGCGGUCGCACGCGCAAGUGACGUUUGCGCCCGCAAGUGCGCGCUUCCUCAUGCUCAAGAAGCUCCUCCAGCGCAUGGCGAGUCCAGGUCACAUGGGCGUUCUCACCCUCUGCCCUGUCUUGCCCGACCGCACGCACACGGCGCAUGUCCAAGAGAUUUUGUCGCAUCUCAUGGCGUGCGACGGCCCGUUGGCGCCCACGGCGAUCGAAUGCCUCAAGAUGUUUCAGCUGUACAUCCUCUCGCAAGCCAUCGAGCUCACGAAAAGCAGUGAGGACAAGCCGCGCCGCGCGCAGGACCGCGUCGUGAUUCAAGACGCAGUGCUGCAGUACAGCACCCUCUUUUGA